AUGUACCUGUAUAAUCUGACACUUCAGAGGUCACAGGGAAUUGUUACUGCCAUUCAUGGCAACUUCUCAGGCUCCAAGCUGCAAGAAAUUGUUGUGUCCAGGGGCAAAGUACUGGAACUGUUUCGACAUGACCCCAACACUGGGAAAAUCUUCCCUGUGCUCUCAACAGAAGUUUUUGGAAUUAUUAGAUCCAUUAUGCCUUUUAGGCUGACAGGUGGAACUAAAGAUUAUGUUGUGGUUGGGUCUGACUCUGGCAGGAUUGUAAUCUUGGAAUAUAUUGCUUCAAAGAAUACUUUUGAGAGGGUUCACCAAGAGACAUUUGGCAAGAGUGGUUGUCGUAGAAUUGUGCCCGGCCAGUACCUAGCUGUAGAUCCCAAAGGCAGGGCUGUGAUGAUUGGUGCUGUAGAAAAGCAGAAACUGGUAUAUAUCUUGAAUCGUGACGCACAAGCACGACUGACUAUCUCCUCCCCACUGGAAGCUCAUAAAUCAAACACACUUGUUUACCACAUGAUUGGAGUUGAUGUUGGGUUUGAAAAUCCCACCUUUGCCUGCCUGGAAAUAGAUUAUGAGGAAGCAGAUAGUGACCCCUCUGGAGAAGCAGCACUGAAAACACAGCAGCUUCUCACCUACUAUGAACUGGAUCUUGGUCUCAAUCACGUUGUUCGAAAAUACUCAGAACAAUUAGAGGAGCAUGCCAACUUUUUGAUUUCAGUUCCUGGUGGCCAUGAUGGACCCAGUGGUGUGCUCAUCUGUUCAGAAAACUACGUCACAUACAAGAACUUGGGUGACCAGCCAGAUAUCAGGUGUCCCAUUCCUCGAAGAAGGUGUGACCUUGAUGAUCCAGAGAGAGGAAUGAUAUUUGUAUGCAGUGCCACACACAAGACCAAGUCGAUGUUUUUCUUCUUGGCUCAAACAGAACAGGGUGACAUCUUUAAAAUCACACUGGAGACUGAUGAGGAUAUGGUUACAGAAAUUCGCCUAAAAUAUUUUGACACAGUCCCCAUAGCUGCCAGCAUGUGUGUCCUCAAGUCUGGGUUUCUUUUUGUAGCUGCAGAAUUUGGAAAUCACCACCUGUACCAGAUUGCACAUCUAGGUGAUGAUGAUGGGGAAAGAAUGUUCAGCAGUGCAAACCCGCUGGAAGAAGGAGACACAUUCCACUUCUCCCCUAGAGAAUUGAAAAAUCUGGUGAUGGUGGAUGAGAUGGACAGCUUGUCUCCAAUUGUUACCAUGCAGAUUGCUGACUUAGCUAAUGAAGACACACCCCAGCUAUAUACAUUGUGUGGUCGAGGACCAAGGUCCACUUUAAGAGUCUUGCGACAUGGUUUAGAGGUGUCUGAGAUGGCCGUGUCAGAGCUACCCGGUAAUCCAAACGCUGUCUGGACUGUAAAGCGACACACUGAUGAUGAUUAUGAUGCAUACAUCAUAGUGUCUUUCAUGAAUGCCACCCUGGUACUUUCCAUUGGAGAAACUGUAGAGGAAGUGACAGACUCCGGCUUCCUUGGAACAACACCCACCAUAUCAUGCUCUCAACUUGGCGUUGAUGCUUUAGUGCAGAUUUACCCAGAGGGUAUUCGUCAUAUUCGUUCUGAUAAACGUGUCAAUGAAUGGAAAACACCAGGCAAGAAGAACAUAGUCAAAUGUGCCGUCAAUCAGAGGCAGGUUGUCAUAGCCCUGACUGGUGGAGAGCUGGUAUACUUUGAGAUGGAUCCAACCGGCCAGUUGAAUGAAUACACUGAAAGAAAAGAAAUGUCCAACAAUGUAGUCUGUAUGGCUUUGGGGAGAGUGCCAGCUGGUGAACUGCGUUCCCGUUUUCUGGCUGUGGGUCUGGCAGACAACACUGUCAGGAUUAUCUCAUUGGAUCCAAACGACUGUCUGUCACCACUAAGUAUGCAAGCUUUGCCAGCUCCACCAGAAUCUCUCUGUAUCAUUGAGAUGGGUGGCACCGAGGCCAAAGAAGAGACUGGAGAAACAGCUAGUGCAGGAGGCAUUUAUCUCAACAUUGGACUGCAGAACGGUGUAUUACUGAGAACAGUUCUAGAUACAGUGACUGGGGACUUAUCAGACACACGUACAAGGUAUCUGGGUUCUAGGCCAGUGAAACUCUUCAGAAUAUCCAUGCAGGGCUCUGAGGCUGUUCUGGCCAUGUCAAGUCGUACCUGGCUGAGCUAUACUUACCAGAGUAGGUUCCAUCUAACACCACUGUCAUACGAAAGUCUGGAGUAUGCGUCUGGCUUUGCUUCAGAACAAUGUCCAGAAGGAAUUGUAGCGAUCUCCACUAACACACUCAGAAUUUUGGCUUUGGAAAAAUUGGGGGCUGUCUUUAAUCAAGUCGCCUGGCCGCUACAGUAUACACCACGCAAGUUUAUCAUCCACCCUGAGUCAAACAACCUCAUCAUCAUUGAAACAGACCACAAUGCUUACACCGAGGAAACCAAACAGUUGCGGAAGCAGAACAUGGCUGAGGAAUUGAUAGAAGCUGCAGAUGAAGAUGAGAAAGAGUUGGCAGCAGAAAUGGCAGCUCAGUUCCUCAAUGAAGACAGACCAGAGACCAUUUUUGGAGCCCCUAAGGCAGGCCUGGGAAUGUGGGCUUCAGUUGUUCGCAUUAUCAACCCUAUCACUGGUGAAAACCUGGAGAAGAUUGCCCUCGACCAGAAUGAUGCAGCUCAUAGUGUUGCUCUAGUGAAGUUCUCAUCAAGACCAGAUGAUACCAUCCUCAUUGUGGGCAUUGCUAAAGACCUGGUGCUGAACCCCAGGUCAGUCAGUGGAGGAGAGCUUCUGACCUAUCAGGUGACUGAAAAUGGCUCAAAAUUGGAGUUGCUACAUAAAACACCUGUGGAAGAUAUCCCAGGAGCCAUCACUGCCUUCCAGGGUCGCGUCCUUAUUGGUGUUGGCAAGUUCUUACGUAUCUAUGAUCUUGGAAAGAAAAAGUUAUUGCGGAAAUGUGAAAAUAAGCACAUACCAAACUUUAUUGUGAGCAUCCACACCAUGGGCAGCCGUGUUAUCGCUGGUGACAUUCAAGAGAGUUUCCAUUUCUUGAGAUAUCGUCGGGCAGAGAACCAGCUGAUCACCUUCUGUGAUGACACCAGUCCUAGGUGGAUCACCUGCUCCUGCCUGCUGGACUACAACACAGUCGCUGGGGCAGACAAGUUUGGCAAUAUUUCAAUU